AUGUACGGCCUGGAUCAACUGCCGCCUCAGAACUUCUGCAAUUCAAGGCUGCUCAAGACGCUCCAUCUCAAGGGUUGGUUUCAUCUCACAUCCUUUCCCGAUUCUCUCGGCCAGCCUGCCAACUUGACGCGUCUUUCCAUCAUAGGUUGCAGGACAAGGUUUCAGCUGCCCGAAUCCAUCUCCAACCUCUUGGUCCUGCUCACCCUCGAAUUUUCGCACUGCGAAGACCUGUCACAGCUGCCCGAGAGUCUCGUGAACCUGCCAGCACUUGAAACCCGGCUGCAGCUCCUCUCCGUGAUCAAGUGCCCCGACUUAAUUUCGUUGUCCGACUCCCUCUCGCACCUGCCUUCCCUCACGGAUCUCAGCCUGCUCCGCCUGACACUCCGCAGUCUGCCACACAGCGUGGGUCAACUGCCGCACCUACGGACGCUCAAGCGUUGGAGAUUUCUUCCACUUGCUUCCCACCGCAUACCUCGCCACUGCACUCAAAGAGCUAACGCUGGAACAAUCCAGAGUUUCACUGCACUGAAAGAGCUAACGCUUAGCGACCUGACGAGCCUCAAGGUGCUGAAAAUAGUAGACUGCAGCCUGCUGACGCAGCUUCCCGACUCCAUCAGUCUCCUAACUUCCCUUGACCUGCUGGAAAUCAAUUACUAUUGGAACCUGACGGCACUACCACAGGAUAUGGGAAAAGGCCUGCAUAGCCUGUGCAAAUUGAUUCUGGUUCGAUGCCUGGCUCUCACCCACCUCCCUCCAUCCCUCUCCAGCGUAUCCUCCCUUGAAACCCUGGAUAUUCACCGCGCAACCAGAUUACGAGGCUCCCUACCUUGCGGCUUGACAAGCCUCAAGGACCUCUCGCUCUACUUCUUGCCGCACCUGCCCGCCUUGCCUGCCUCCUUACCUUCCAUCGGCGGCAACCUCACCAGCCCCCUAGUGUCCAACUGCAAUCGAAUCAAGGCGCUGACAGAGCAAAUUGGACGGCUGGGAGCACUUGAGAAGCUCGCACUCUAA